AUGUCAGAGCCUUCCAAGACAAAGAAGCGGUCCAUGCUGGUCGCUGCGGCCCGUCAGGCUCCGGUCGCAUCAUCUGCCUCCGCCCCCGCCUCUACUCCCACUGGCAACCCUCCUGUUCCUCGAAAUCCCCUCAACCUCAGUGGAAAAGGGACCUCUGUAAAUGGUUUGCCGACCAAGCAGGAGACGAGCGAUAGACAGACAGUCGCUGAGCCUCAGAUCAUCGAGACGAAGCCGGAUAUCGCGUCUGUGACGGAGGCGGAAAGCUCUACUGCCUCUGGGAUUCCCUCACCUGACAAAUCCCAAUCUCUAGGCGAGCCCCUCUCCCGGGCCAGCUCAAUAUCUGGCUCGUCGACACCUCAACUUGGAUCAACAUCGGGAUUUGGGGGACAAUCAGCGAUUCAAAAGAUGAAAUUCAAGCCUCGAGUACCGAUCAGAUCAAGAGUGAAACAGGAAGUCGAUGUAAAGCCAGAGAUAUCCGCCAGUCCGUCCCGUGGAAUCGCCCGAGGUAGAGGGAGAGGUGGUGGUCAGAGGGGAGGCCGAGGAUCGUAUCAGUCCGUUUCGGUCGCUGCUGGUCCCUUUGGAGCUCCGCGAACUCAGAUCAAGCAAUCGUCACGACGGGUUGCUCCUGCACCGGCGCCACGUCACUUUGACCUGACAGAUAUCGACAUGUAUUCAGAUAAUGACUCUGAUCAUCCCAUGACCAAGAAUCGCGUCGUUGACAUCGAUCGCGUUUCGUCACUGCAUGAAUCCGCCCCUACCAGUUUACAUCGAAGUCGCAAAGAUGGAAGCAAAGGCAAAUCGAGGUCACAGUCACGGGGUACGAGCUCAAGAGGACAGACGAAGAUGGACGUAGAUAGUGUGCCUUCGCUCGUCAAGGCUGAGCCGAUGUCACCGGAAAAGAGGGACGUCAAGUCACUGGCGGAUGAGAGUGCGUCGAGUCGAUCUCGAUCAGAUCGAGUCAGGUCAUUUGCAAGGACAGGCGGGGAUGAUGAGGAGGAUGAGGCGGAUGUGAAUGAAGCGAACAGGGUCGAUCUGAGUGAGAGUGAGAGUGAAGAGGAGGAUGAGGAUCUGAGGGAUGACUUUGUCCCCGAUGAGAGCGACGAGGCCAACAAGCUUUACAUAUUCCAAUUCCCGCAUUUGUUCCCUCAUUUCAUACCACCUGGACCUGUUGACAUGACGGCAGAGGAGGACGUGAAACCUGAUGUCAAGACUACCCAAACCAAGGGGAAGAAGCGAGGUCCAGCGCCGCCACCUCCGGAAGGACGGAUAGGCACGUUGGUGGUGAUGAAGAGUGGGCGAGUCAAGAUGGUUCUCGGAAAGGACAUUGUGAUGGAUGUCAAUUCUGGUGUACAAGCCAAUUUCCUCCAACAGAUUGUCCACCUCGAUCCACUGCAAAAGGCAGCGACGGUUCUUGGAGAAGUCCACAAGCAGUACACUGUCACGCCAGAUAUCGAUCGACUCCUCAAUGAGCUAUACAUCCAAGGCGGACAGACUCCAGCAGACAGAGAAGCAGAUAGAAGACGAUUGGCAAAGGACGUCAAGAUGGAGAAGGGACUCGUCAAGUUGGAAGUUGAGUGA